AUGCGUUUGACUUCAUUCGCUGUCUGGCUUUCUGCUGGCUUGACCCUUUCAAGAGCUGCUCAGCUACCCUUCCUUGCAGAAGGCCCAAGCGAAAGUCACGAUUAUACCAACAAUGUUGACCGUCCCUCCACCUUUACAUUUAGUCAUCCUUCUUUCCCGGCUCAUACAUUACGAUUCGUAGAGCCACCAGGAGAUAUUUGUGAAAGACACAAAGGUACUAGAAGCUGGUCAGGAUACUUGGACGUAAACUUGGACGAACUUUGGAAGAAAGAACAGCAAGAUGCACAAAACGGUAACGGAGUAUAUGCACCUCGUUUGAUGGAAAGGGAUGAAGAAGAAGUGUAUGCUAACAAGGAAAAGCAUCCUGAGGGCGUCAUUGAGCACUUCUACUUUUGGGCUUUCGAAAGCCGUAACGAUCCAAAAGAAGAUCCCACAGUCCUAUGGUUGAACGGUGGUCCAGGCUGCUCAAGUGGCUGUGGUAUGCUUAUGGAACUCGGUCCAUGUAACGCUCAAAACUAUAAUGGAACAAAAGGCCCCCACACCAAGUACAACCCACAUUCAUGGAACAACAACGCCUCUCUGAUUUUCUUGGACCAACCCGUCGGAACAGGAUUCUCUUAUGCAUCCUGGUCAGAUCCAAAGAAAGAAGGCAAGGCACCUUCCAGAAUCUAUACCGCUCGCGAAGCUGCUAGAGAUGCUUCAGCUUUCCUUCAAUUGUGGGGCUCCCACGCCAAAGAAUUGAUCGGACAAGCUCCCUCAUCGUUCCACAUUGCAGGAGAAAGUUAUGCAGGACGAUGGGCUCCUUUGAUUGCAUCACAAUUGAUCGAGGACAACAAAAAGGCAAUCGCUCAUCCUGAUCUAGGUUUCAAGCCUUUGCCGCUUGCAUCUGUCUUGAUCGGUAACGGCUUCACAUCGCCAAAGCAUCAAUUCCAAGCAUACGUUGAAUACUCGUGCGCCAAUACAACAGGUUUCGGAACGUUUUUGCCCAAAGAGCAAUGUAAAACAAUGUGGGGAAGAGUACCAACCUGUCUUGCAUUGACAGAAAAGUGCAAUACACCAACAGAAGGUAAACCACACGAUACGCUUGCAUGUAAAACUGCUUUGGAUUUCUGUGAGACUGCUUUACAAGCACCUUGGACGGAUACGGGAAUGUCACCUUAUGAUUACGAACAUAUGGGAGAUUAUGAAGAAGAUGAUUGGUUUGCUACAUUCUUGAACGCUACAAAGACAAAGAAGGCAUUGGGAAUCGAUAAGAGUGGAGCAGGAGAUAAACAUGACGGAUCUUAUGCAAGUUGCUCAGAUAAGGUCUUCAGCCGAUUCUCAAAGACGGGUGAUGGAGCAAAAGAUAGUACUUGGGCAGUGAAAGAUCUGUUGGAGAACGACAUCCGAGUGCUGCUGUAUGCAGGUGAACGUGAUUUCAUUUGCAAUUAUUUGGGUAUUCAAGCUUGGUCUUUGGAUCUUCAAUGGUCUGGACGUGAUGAAUUCCGAAAGCAAGAAUUGGUACCAUGGUAUCAUCCUGCUCCCAAACAAGAAGAGGUAGCAGGUGUUCAACGUACAUAUGGAAACCUCACUUUCUUGACCAUUCGUGAAAGCAGUCACUUUGUCCCUUACAGCCAACCAGAAGCAAGCUUGAAGAUGUUCAACAGCUGGAUCCACGACAAGAGCCCACCACAGUAG